AUGUGUUUAGAUCUACGCAAGAUCAAGCCAUACUUCUUCAAGUACCAGACAUACGCCAAGGGCAGGUGGCUAGGCCGCAAGCUGAUCGAUGUGUUUAACACAGAGUUCCGGGAUCGGGAUAAUACCUUCUACGAACGGGCUAUCAAGGACGGGAGAGUCAAGAUCAACGGAGAAACAGUGGACAAGGACUAUAUCAUCAAGAAUAGCGACAUUGUUGCACACGACAUUCAUCGACAUGAACCACCAGUCGCCAACCUGCCUGUCAAAGUCGUGCGGAAUGUGGAUGGCGUUAUCAUUGUUGACAAACCUAGUAGUAUACCUGUCCACCCAAGUGGGCGUUACCGACACAAUACCAUCUUGCAUAUCCUGUCGACCGAACAGGGAUACAAGGAACUCUUUCCUGUCAAUCGGUUGGAUCGGCUCACCUCGGGACUGAUGAUUAUCGCGCUGUCAGUCAAGAAGGCUCGGGAGUUUGAAAAAAUGAUGCAAAAGUGCGAGAUCAAGAAGGAAUACGUCUGCAAGGUCAAGGGCGAGUUCCCAAGCGGAGUGACAGAGUGCCAUCAGCCGAUCCAUGUGGCGUCCUUCAAGUUGACGCUCAACACAGUCCAACCCGACGGCAAGGCAUGUUCGACCAUCUUUGAGCGUCUUCGAUACGACCCCGAGUCCAACACUUCCAUCGUGCUGGCACGACCUGUGACAGGACGGACACAUCAGAUCCGCGUGCACCUGCAAUGGCUCGGAUACCCAAUCACCAACGACCCCCUGUACCACAACACGGAGAUAUGGGGCGCAUGCAACGGACAAGGAGGGAUUACCAUGGAGGCAGAAGAGGAGCUUGUCAGCAAGUUGUUGGCACAGACUGAGGCUGAGGAUGAACUUGACCAUGCCCUGGCGACUUCUAGCCUGAACAACACCGAAACCGCUGACGCAGGAAAUGGUGGUAGCGAGCAUCAAAAGGCGGAGUUUUGUUCGAUCUGUCAGCUCCCUUCAAGAGCAGACCCGGAACCGGAGAAGCGGAUCAUGUACCUGCAUGCGUGGAGGUAUCAGGCCAAGGAUUGGGCGUUUGAGACUGAGCUCCCCGAUUGGGCCAGAGAGACCGUCCUUGCUUGUACGGCAGCACCAUCGGCGGAUCAAGGAACAGAUACCGUUGUGCCUGAGCCGGCCAUAUCAUGA